GCACUACAGAAACAGUAUACAUAUAACUUAGCUCAUAUUUUUUAAGACAUCAGAAAAUCAAGUGAAUUUAAAUGUCUCUAUAAUGGAAUAUCAAGUUCAAAGACGACAUAAGAUGAGUGUCAAACAAGUGGCUCUGGUCCUCCUGAUUGUGGCCAUAAAUAUGGCAAAAACAACAGAGGCUCAAACAACAAAUACAGAGGCCACAACCACAACAAUGGAGAUACGGACAACAACUACAGGGGCACCAACUACAACCAUAGGGCCACCAACUACAACUACAGAGGCACCAACUACAACUACAGAGGCACCGACAACAACUACAGCUUCUCCAACAACAACAACAGAGGCCACUACCACAACAACCGAGGUACUAUCCACAACUACAGCUUCUCCAACAACAACUACAGAGGCCACAACCACAACUACAGCUGCUCCAAUAACGACUACAGCUGCUCCAACAACAACGACAGAAGCUACAAGCAUAACUACAGCUGCCACAAGCACAAACACAGCUGAUCCAACAACAACUACAGAAUCUCCAACAACAACGACAGAGGCUACAACAACAACUACAGAUGCACCGACAACAACUACUGCCACUCCAACAACAAAUACAGCUGCCACAACCACAACAACUGAGACACAAACCACAACUACAGCUUCUCCAACAACAACAACAGAGGCCACAACCACAACUACUUCUAGCCCAGCCACAACUACAGCGGCUCCAACAACGACAACGACAGAGGCUUCAACCACAACUACAGAGGCACCGACAACAAAUACAGCUUCUCCAACAACAACAACAGAGGCCACUACCACAACAACCGAGGUACUAUCCACAACUACAGCUUCUCCAACAACAACUACAGAGGCCACAACCACACCUACAGCUGCUCCAAUAACGACUACAGCUGCUCCAACAACAACGACAGAAGCAACAAGCAUAACUACAGCUGCCACAACCACAACCACAGCUGAUCCAACAACAACUACAGAAUCUCCAACAAAGACCCCAAGCACAACUUCAGCUGCUCCAACAACAACUACAGAGUUUCCAACAACAACGACAGAGGCUACAACAACAACUACAGCUGCCCCAACAACAACUACUGCUGCUCCAACAACAACUAGAGCUGCCACAACCACAACAACUGAGACACAAACCACAAUUACAGCAUCUCCAACAACAACGACAGAGGCUACAACCACAACUACAGAGGCCCCAAUCACAAGCACAGCAGCUCCAACAACAACUACAGAGUCUCCAACAACAACGACAGAGGCUACAAGCACGACGACAGAAGCUACAAGCACAACUACAGCUGCCACAACCACAACCACAGCUACAACAACGACUACAGAAGCUACAACCACAACAACAGCUGUCGCAACCACUACUACAGUUACUCCAACCACCACUACAGAGGCUACAACCACAACUACAGCUGUCGCAACAACUACUACAGCAGCUCCAACAACCACUACAGAGGCUACAACAACCACUAUAGAGGCAACAACCACAACUACAGCUGCCCCAACUACAACUACAGCUGCUGCAACAACUACAGAGACUCCAACAACAACAACAGAGGCUACAACCACAACUACAGCUGUCGCAACCACUACUACAGCUGCUCCAACAACCACUACAGCUGCUACAACAACAAUGACAGAGUCUCCAACAACAACGACAGAGGAUACAACUACAACCACAGCUAUGGCAACCACUACUACAGCUACAACCACAACUACAGCUGUCGCAACCACUACUACAGUUACUCCAACCACCACUACAGAGUCUCCAACAACAACUACAGAGCCUACAACCACAACUACAGCUGUCGCAACAACUACUACAGCAGCUCCAACAACCACUACAGAGGCUACAACAACCACUACAGAGGCAACAACCACAACUACAGCUGCCCCAACUACAACUACAGCUGCUGCAACAAAUACAGAGUCUCCAACAACAACAACAGAGGCUCCAACCACAACUACAGCUGUCGCAACCACUACUACAGUUACUCCAACCACCACUACAGAGUCUCCAACAACAACUACAGAGGCUACAACCACAACUACAGCUGUCGCAACAACUACUACAGCAGCUCCAACAACCACUACAGAGGCUCCAACAACCACUACAGAGGCUACAACAAUGACUACAGAGGCUACAACCACAACAACAGCUGUCGCAACCACUACUACAGUUACUCCAACAACGACUACAGAGUCUCCAACAACAACUACAGAGGCUACAACCACAACUACAGCUGUCGCAACCACUACUACAGUUACUCCAACCACCACUACAGAGUCUCCAACAACAACUACAGAGGCUACAACCACAACUACAGCUGUCGCAACAACUACUACAGCAGCUCCAACAACCACUACAGAGGCUACAACAACCACUAUAGAGGCAACAACCACAACUACAGCUACGACUACAGAGGCUACAACCACAACUACAGCUGUCGCAACUACUACUACAGCUGCUCCAACAACCACUACAGAGGCUACAACAACGACUACAGAGGCUACAACCACAACUACAGCUGCCCCAACUACAACUACAGCUGCUGCAACAACUACAGAGUCUCCAACAACAACAACAGAGGCUAUAACCACAACUACAGCUGUCGCAACCACUACUACAGUUACUCCAACCACCACUACAGAGUCUCCAACAACGACUACAGAGGCUACAACCACAACUAUAGCUGUCGCAACUACUACUACAGCUGCUCCAACAACUACAGAGUCUCCAACAACAACGACUACAGAGGCUACAACCACAACUACAGCUGUCGCAACUACAACUACAGCUGCUGCAACAAGUACAGAGUCUCCAACAACAACAACAGAGGCUACAACCACAACUACAGCUGCCCCAACUACAACUACAGUUGCUGCAACAACAACAACAGAGUCUCCAACAACAACAACUACAGAGGCUACAACCACAACUACAGCUGUCGCAACUACUACUACAGCUGCUCCAACAACUACAGAGUCUCCAACAACAACAACAGAGGCUACAACCACAACUACAGCUGUCGCAACCACUACUACAGUUGCUCCAACAACCACUACGGCGUCUCCAACAACAACUACAGAGGCUACAACCACAACUACAGCUGCUCCAACAACCACUACAGAGGCUACAACAACGACUACAGAGGCUACAACCACAACAACAUCUCCAACAACAACAACUACAGAGGCUACAACCACAACUACAGCUGUCGCAACUACUACUACAGCUGCUCCAACAACCACUACAGAGGCUACAACAACGACUACCGAGGCUAUAACCACAACUACAGCUGCCCCAACUACAACUACAGCUGCUGCAACAACA